UAACGAUCAUUAUUAUCUAUUAUCGCUAGAGGAAAAUAUAGAGGAGAAUUUUUUCACCUUGAGGUGGAUUUUCUUGAUUUUUUGGGUUAGUCGUUUGGGGGAAUAAAAAAUCAAAAAGCAAGAUUUUGAAUCUAAAUUUCCCACAAUACGAACGAUAAAACAAACUGCUAGAAGCAAACAGCGUGUCUCAAAAUUGUGUCUAGUCAUUUAUCACACUGUUUAAUUUUUAUCAUUCGUGCACCAAAAUUGGGAGCAGUGUUUAAAUUGCAGUCGCCUUAGUACGUUCCUGGAGAAUUUAAUUUUUUUAUCGAUACUGCCGGAGGUCAGCCGACAGGCGGCUCGUGCGUGCGUUCAUCAUUCAAAUAAAUUUCAUAUCAUCACAUUCGUAGCCGCGAAACGGUCGAUUUUGCCCCGAUUUUCCGAAAAAUGGCCACAAAGCGCGCUGUUUUCUAGUCAUUUCGUCGAUCUCUCCCCUUAGUAUUAGCUCAGACUGUGAUAUUAGUGUGUCAGUGGUAAAUUUUUCCGAAAUGGUCGCGAACGGAAACGUCGUUUGUCUCCCGUUCGCCGAAGAAAUCAACAACAAUAACAACGUGAAAUUUCAGUAUAGGACCAUCCAGGAUCCGGCGAGCCAAAGGCUGACGUGGUACAAACCGCCACUUACUGUCCUAGUGAUAAAAAAAGUGAGGGAUGCCUCGGUCCAUUUGCCGUUUGUGCAGCUGGUGCAAUGGCUUAUAGAGGAAAAACGGAUGCUUGUGUUCGUGGAGGCGGCCGUCCUGGAGGACCCCCUCCUUGACCAGUUCACCUCCUUUGCCACCAUCAAAGACAAGCUGAUGACGUUCCGCGACGGCAAGGACGAUCUCACCGACAAAAUCGACUUUAUUAUCUGUCUCGGCGGUGACGGCACCCUCCUCUACGCCAGCCACCUUUUCCAGCAAUCUGUGCCCCCUGUCAUGGCCUUCCACCUCGGCUCCUUGGGGUUCCUCACCCCUUUCCGCUUCGACAACUUCCAAGAGCAAGUCAACAACGUCCUCGAAGGCAACGCCGCCUUAACUCUCCGAAGUCGCUUGCGAUGUAUCAUCAUGCGAAAGGGUGACGACGAGAAGAAGACGUCCAAGCAGCCGACGAAUCUCCUGGUGCUCAACGAAGUUGUCGUUGAUCGAGGACCCUCACCUUACCUCUCAAACAUCGAUCUUUUCCUCGAUGGAAAAUUGAUUACUUCGGUGCAAGGGGACGGGCUGAUCGUGAGCACGCCCACCGGAAGCACGGCCUAUGCCGUGGCGGCUGGCGCGUCCAUGAUCCAUCCGAGCGUGCCGGCGAUCAUGGUCACGCCCAUUUGCCCCCACUCGUUGAGUUUCCGGCCAAUUGUCGUGCCGGCGGGGGUGGAGUUAAAGAUUUCUGUCUCUCGUGACAGUCGCAAUACGUCAUGGGUGUCGUUUGACGGCCGCAACCGCCAAGAGCUGUUACAUGGUGACAGUUUGCGUGUGACAACGUCGAUUUAUCCAGUGCCGAGCAUUUGCGCACAAGACCAGAUUUCCGAUUGGUUCGAUUCGCUGGCUGAGUGUCUGCACUGGAACGUGAGGAAAAGACAGAAACAUUUGGACGAGUUGACGGAUUUGACGCACUCUAGUUCGAAUGAUACGUUGGAUUCGUUGGAGCACGCCGAGUUGAUCGAGAAGGAUAGCUAGGGCAUUUUUUUGAUAGGUUUUUUGAGCAAUAUUGGUUUGUGGUUUGGCUGGAAGGUCAAAUGUCUCUCUUGAUGAAAUCGUGAUAAAUUUGUUAGUUUAUAUUUUUGUAUUUUUUAAAGCUCAGGUUAGGGUACUUAGCUUUUAAAUGUUUUUUAUUGUUACCGAGCAUGUGUUUUAUGUACAUAAGAGUGCACAUCGAAUAGGACCAAUUGAGCGUGCCAACUUAUUUAUUUUAUAUUUAUAGCACGUUUCACAAGUUUUCUUAAAGAAUAUUGUUGGGAUAAUAAACAACUGGUUGCAAUUUUUAA